AUGCCUCCUCCCAACGGAAGAUCUGCCGGGCACUACGACUUCGGUCCAAGUGUUGAUGCCGCCAGAAGAAACCGCCGACUCGCCCAUCUUGGUGACCUCAGCUUCCGACAUUCACCGGCUCAAAUCGAGGAGGCUUUGAAAAGACUGCUUCCUGCCGACAUCACACCUACCUCAUUUCACUGGGCACCUUAUCCUCCUGCAAAUCCUGGAAAUAGACCACAUCGGGGCUGGUGCUUCGUCAUGUUCGCCACUCGGCCUGACCUCUCGCGUGCUGUGGCAGCCUGGAACAAAAAGAAGAUCUUUGGCCGGGUCGUCAAAGCUCAUCAGGCCGAUCGUGGCUACCGUCCUGCUCCCACCGCCAUGGCUCCCACGACAUCUAAUACAUCAGCCUUUACAGCUCAAACCCCCGCUGUGGCUACUCCAACCGUCUCUGGUCCGCUUGCCACGACUGCGACACCACCGAAUCCUGCAGCCUCGAUGGUUCCGGCUUCCGCUGCUCCUACUGCUGCUAUGGCGGACGACGAUCACACACAGAAUGACGAUGAUCUUGAUUGGGGUGGCGAUGUAGGGACUGACUAUUGA